UGUUGGUGUUCCAAGUGGCAAAUAUGCUUGGGUUAAAGCUGUGACAUGAUGUAAACUUGCAAAAACUAACCCCAAGGACCCAUAUUGAGAUUGGGGACCUAAAAUUCUUGCUAACUUGUUUUGUAGGAUCAAUCAAAGUCCAAGAAGUCACUGUGGUAUCUUGACAGUGGUUGCUCAAGACACAUGACUAGUGACAAUAAAAGAUUCAUCUCUUUUGAGAAGAAGCAAGGAUUUGUAACGUAUGGGGAUAACAACAAAGGCAGAAUAAUGGGUACUGGAAACAUUGGAGGAGGAAGCACUUUGACAAUAAAAGAUGUCUUAUACGUUGAAGGCCUCAAACAUAAUCUUCUAAGCAUAAGCCAACUAUGCGACAAAGGUUUCAAGCACCGUAGGAAUGUUCCCUGCACCGCGAGCUUCAUUUUAAGCCGAACAACUUACAGUUCUGUUGGAGAGCUUAAGAGAAACGUUGAGAGAGCUUCUUUUAGACGAAUCAAGAUCCACUCAUUUAGGACGAUCACUACUGAAUCCGGAAGGAGAGGCUUCACUGGAGCAAACGCUUGAAGAGGAAAUCAUAGCUGAGGAGAAUCUUGUAGAAGUAGAAGUGAAGGCCGAACAGUAGCGCGUUCGGUUUUUAGUUAGUGUAUUCAGGAUAGCGGGCCGCUUGUGAGCGAGCGCCCUUUUGCUUGAUGUAAAUACUUGGACGUUCGGUAUUUUAUUUUGUAAACCGUUCGUCCUCAUUGUUUUGUAAACGCUUGUAACUUAUGUAUGCAUGUA